AGCUGCUCACGCCAGAGGUCACCACAACGGAUCGCAAUCCGCAUCAUGGAUCAGUCCUACCCUAUCGAAAUGCAUUCCUGUGGUGAACCAUCCCCCCCGGAGGAGCAUCUGGAGCAAAGCCAGGAGGGCACAUCUUCCGUGCAACAACAGCCAGAAUGUGACCAUCCUCCAGAGGAAGAAAAUGAACAGCAAAGCCAGGAGGGCACAUGUUCCGUGCAACAACAGCCAGAAUGUGACCAUCCUCCAGAGGAAGAAAAUGAACAGCAAAGCCAGGAGGGCACAUGUUCCGUGCAACAACAGCCAGAAUGUGACCAUCCUCCAGAGGAAGAAAAUGAACAGCAAAGCCAGGAGGGCACAUGUUCCGUGCAACAACAGCCAGAUUUGUCGAAGAAGAAGAAAAAGAUCAGGAGGCGCUGCAUGCUUAUAACGCAGAAUAAUACGCCAGUGUCAAGACUAGAGACUGACUAGAACUGCCUGACGUGCCCGGAUCGCACAUCACGCUUUCUUUCUCUCUGUGUGUGUGUGUGUGUGUGUAAAAAAAAUAAAAAAUAAAAAAAAUAAAAAAAAUAAAAAUAAAAAAUAAAUAAAAUAAAAUAAAAAAAAUUAAAAAAAAUAAAAUAAUCCAAAAAAACAAAAAAAUCCCCCCCCCAAAAACAAACAAACAAACAAACAAAAACUUUCCUAUUCCUAUUCUAAUCUGACUUAAAUAUUUUUUAAUCAAUGAUUGAACCAAUUGCCGUAUGGCAAUACAUUUUGGGGUUCACUAACACACCAUCAAUUCCAUAAUUGGGACAAACAUCCAACAGAGACCCUGCACACAGAGUUCUGUAAAACCAUCCUAAAAGUGCACAGAAACACCACGAACAAUGCGUGCAGGGCAGAAUUGGGCAGAUUUUCUUUUUUUAUUUCAUUUUUUUAUUUUUUUUAUUAUAAACACACAGAGAAGAGCAAUCAACAUCUGGAAACAUCUAAACGAGAGCUACCCCCAACCUUAUCAUUAUAAAGCCCUGAAACACCAAGAACUGAGCAGUGAUCCCUGAUUUGGGAUUUGGAGUUACUGAAACAAGGAAAUCUGAAUCACUUAGCAUGAACAAGCAAAAACAUGUCAGGUCAACAGAUUUCACCCUGAUAUUGUGCCAACAAGAUUCUCUGAGUUACCACAACAAUCAAUUUUCAGAUACACAAUGUUAAUUUGUUUAAUUGGCUGAUUGCACACGCGCACUAAGGCACAUGGAUAAACGCAGGGUUUCUCCGUCUGCAAACCAGGGGCUCAAUUUGAAUGGUGCUUCACAUGCGGUUUCAGAAAGCUUCAUGUGUGGUUAGGAAGACUGAAGCUGAUGAAUAUGAAUACUU